UUAUUUUCUCUCCACCCCCCUUAUUUCCCGUUUCGUACAAACGAACACCUCUUUCUCACUUUCUCUCUCAGACACCGCGCAAAAAUGAUGAGAGAACUUUUCAAUCUUCGUUUCCUUUUCUGAGCCUGUAAGUGUUCUUCCAAGUGUUUGCUAUUUUUCUCCAACCGCGUUGAACAAUGUCUAGUUUUGUUGGUGUCCUUGUUUCUGAUCAAUGGCUUCAGAGCCAGUUCACUCAAGUCGAACUUCGAACCCUUAAAUCCAAAUAUGUAUCGGAAAGGACUCAAUCAGGACGUGUUACUGUGCAAAAUUUGCCAUCUGUUUUUAAGAAAUUAAAGGCUUUCUCUGAACUGUUUAACGAGGAUGAGAUUAAGGAUAUCAUGGCAGAGUCGUAUCAGAACAUGGAUGAAGAAAUUGACUUUGAAUCCUUCCUUAGGGCACAUUUGAAUUUGCAAGCCCGAGCAACGGCAAAAGAUGGUGGUUCAAAAAGUUCUUCUUCAUUUUUGAAGGCGGCUACAACAACUGUUCAUCAUGCUAUUAAUGAAUCAGAGAAAGCUUCUUAUGUUGCACAUAUUAACAGCUAUUUAGCUGAAGAUAAAUUCAUGAAGCAGUUUCUUCCUAUUGAUCCAUUGACAGAUGCGUUGUUUGAUCUUGCAAAAGAUGGAGUUCUUCUCUGCAAGCUUAUUAAUGUCGCUGUUCCUGGGACCAUAGAUGAGCGAGCUAUUAACACAAAACGGGUUCUUAAUCCAUGGGAAAGGAAUGAGAACCACACCCUUGGCCUCAAUUCAGCAAAGGCUAUUGGUUGCACAGUGGUUAAUAUUGGUACACAGGAUUUAGUCGAAGGAAGACCAUAUUUGAUACUUGGUCUGAUUUCACAAAUAAUCAAGAUUCAAUUGUUAGCUGAUCUCAAUCUGAAGAAAACUCCUCAACUUUUGGAACUAGUGGAUGAUGACAAGGAUGUGGAGGAGCUUAUCAGUUUACCACCUGAAAAGGUUUUAUUGAAAUGGAUGAAUUUCCACUUGAAGAAAGCUGGAUAUGAGAAAACAGUUACAAACUUCUCUUCUGAUGUAAAGGAUGGAGAGGCUUAUGCUUACUUGCUUAAUACUCUUGCUCCGGAAGUCUCAGGCCCAUCUGCCUUGGUCACAAGUGAUCCCACAGAAAGAGCAAACAUGGUUCUUGAGCAGGCAGAGAAAUUAGAUUGCAAGAGAUAUCUCACUCCAAAGGACAUAGUGGAGGGGUCGCCUAAUCUUAAUCUUGCAUUUGUUGCUCAAAUAUUUCAGCAUAGGAAUGGCCUUACAGUUGACAGCAAGAAAAUGUCCUUUGCUGAGAUGAUGACUGAUGAUGCACAGACAUCUCGGGAAGAAAGAUGCUUCAGACUGUGGAUUAACAGUCUUGGAAUUGCUACUUAUGUCAAUAAUGUUUUUGAGGAUGUCAGAAAUGGAUGGGUUCUAUUAGAAGUUCUUGAUAAGGUUUCACCUGGAUCUGUCAAUUGGAAGGUGGCGACAAAGCCUCCUAUAAAGAUGCCAUUUCGAAAAGUUGAGAACUGCAACCAAGUUAUAAAGAUUGGGAAGGACCUUAACUUUUCCUUAGUGAAUGUCGCUGGUAAUGAUAUUGUACAAGGGAAUAAGAAGCUCUUACUAGCAUUUUUGUGGCAGCUGAUGAGGUUUACUAUGCUUCAACUUCUGAAAAACUUGAGAUCACACUCCCAAGGUAAAGAGAUUACUGAUGCUGAUAUUCUAAACUGGGCGAACAAUAGAGUGAAGAGAGCAGGAAGAACUUCCCAAAUCGACAGUUUCAAGGAUAAGAAUCUUUCCGGUGGCAUUUUCUUCCUCGAGCUUUUGAGUGCUGUGGAGCCAAGGGUGGUCAACUGGAGUCUUGUUACGAAAGGGGAGACUGAUGAAGAUAAGAAGUUGAAUGCCACAUAUAUAAUCAGUGUGGCCCGAAAACUUGGGUGUUCCAUUUUCCUGUUACCUGAGGACAUAAUUGAGGUCAACCAGAAGAUGAUGCUUAUUUUAGCGGCUAGCAUCAUGUAUUGGAGCCUUCAGCAACCUGAAGAAAACGUCACCCCAGAAGCAGCAUCACCUGUAGCUUCAGUUGAGGGUGAAAACGAAACAGAUGUAGUUAAUGAGGUAUCCAAUUUAGCCAUUGAUGAUACUGCUGCAGAGAAUGCCAGCUCUUCUUAAGUAGGAGAUGUGGAAACCUCUGCUUACAUUAAAAAAGAGUUAGCCGGUCAAAAGGUUGAAGGGAACCACAGUCAAUAGAUAAUGAGGAAAACAAAUACAUUUUUGUUUAUAGAACAAAAGGAAGAUGCCAACCUCUUGGUGCAAAGAGCUUAUUGUUAUCGAAAACUACACAGAAUAGAAGGGACUUGUAAAUUUUUUCUUUUAGAAUUUUUUGUACUUAGGUAUAUUCUUUGAUGAAAAUCGCAUGCAAUAUUUCCCAAUAAUGAGAUGGGAGGAACUAGGAAGGCAUCAUUUUAUUUUCCGUCUGAUAGCUAAGAUUACUCUUAAUGCGUGCAUUCAGACGUGGAUUGAAGUGGCUGAACAGAACCAGUGAUUAUUAUGCACUUCAUUUUAGUUAGUUGCCUUUAUAUAUCAGAUCUGGGAUUCAAGUAUAAUGCAGAUCUGGCUUUUCUAUUUUAACACUAGAUAAUCUAUUC